UCAUAGAAAGAAGUAAAGUAACCAUGGCCAUCUCCGAGUAUUUUCCAGUCAUAGGUGAAUGGAUAAAGAACAUUUUCUUGAUGCUAUUUGCACUUUCAUUUCUUGGCGGUGGCAUCUUCGUGUUAAUCAUCGUCUAUGCCCCCUCUGAUAUCAAGUUCCAUGUAACUGAUGCAUCACUCACAAAGUUCAACCUCACAAACAACAAUACCUUGGAUUACAAGUUAGAAGCAAAUAUCACUUCAAGAAAUCCCAACAAGAAUGUCAUUGUGUACUACAGGGAGAUCGCUGCAAUUGCAUUCUACAAAGAUCAUAAAUUUGCUACUGUCAAUUUGACACCUUUUGAUCAAGGCCACAAGACUACCAGUUUUCUUCAUGUACUGUUUGAAGGUAAGGGUGUAAUGAAGAAGAGCCUCCAACCUAAACAACUUUUCGAGUAUGAUCAAGAAACGCGUUUAGGGAUCUAUCAUGACUUGGCUAUAAAUUUGGAUAUUUUAGCCACUUACAAGUUUCUAACACACAAGUCCACUCGCUACAAUCCACCAAUGGUGCAAUGUCGUCGUUUGAGUCUUUCUGUGGUUUCUAACGGUAACUCGUCAUCAACACCUUCUUUUCAUGGUAGAAAAUGUAGAAUUCAUCAUUUCUUUGAAAAUCGGUAG